ACGAGAUUUGGGGAGAAACAACCUGGAACCCAUUUGUACAAUAUCAAGGAGGUGAUCCAUUCUUACGUAGGGCACCUGUCGCUACAGAUUAAACACUUCAGACUGGUAAUGGAGGAACCAUCUUUCAUGUUGGCUGCAGACAGUGACAUUGAUGAACUGGAUAUGCAAAAGGUUAUGAGUAAAAUACGUCGAACAAUGAAACGCGGAUUCCGGCAAAAAGCUGAAGACUUGACUGGGGCCAAACGACCAUGUGUUGGUGUUGAUACAGAUGUCCAAGUACAAAGUGAAUUAACAAAUUCUGUGUUAAGGUGUGAAAAUGGAAAUGAUAUGGGGUCAAACAGUUGUGACAGUCCCGAUCAACCCCCGGCGGUCGAGGCGACAUCCACAUCCUCGAAUGUCACGGAAACAUCCAAUACAAGUCCUGGUGGUAGUGGCUACGAAAAAGAAAAAAAGAAGCGAAAAUUGUCAUCUAGACUUGAAAGAAUUCUCAAACAUCGAUUAGACAAAAAAAUGGAGGAACUAACUGAUGCCAGAAGUGAAGUGAAACCAGAUAAAAAGUCUUUCCAAUUGAAGAUACCUGAUCCUAGUCAUAAAGAAAAUACUACAGAACAUACAAGUAACAAACCACCGAUUCCAUCUCCAGAUCAAUACCUAGCUGUGGACUGUGAAUUUGUUGGAGUGGGUUUUAAAGGAUGCAUCAGUAGAUUAGGUCGCUGCAGUGUAGUUGAUUAUCAUGGCAAUGUUGUUUACGAUAUAUACAGCCGUCCUGAGGAAUUAGUCACAGAUUAUCGCACCCGCUAUAGUGGCAUCAGUUAUAGAAACAUGACCGAUGCUGUUCGUUUUGAAGAAGUACAGGAAAAGGUGAAAGAUUUACUGAAGGGCAAAAUUUUGGUUGGUCAUGACAUCAAACAAGAUUUGCGUGUGCUGAAAAUAUACCACCCAGGACAUAUGAUCCGAGAUACUCGUACUCAUCCAAGUGUGAAAAAAAAGGCAAAAGAUCUGGGAUGUGUCAGCCAAGCUCUCAAGAGUCUUACCUGGUGUCUUCUUGGGAGGAGAAUACAGAAAAGAACUCACUGUUCUGUUGAGGAUGCUACAGCUACCAUGGACCUGUUUAAACUGGUGAGGGUGGAGUGGGAGGAGUCGAUAGAUCAGCGAAACUCCGAUGUCAACGACAAGAGCGGAAUAAAAACACAAGAUCCAAAAGAUGAAAGAAGUGAGAAGGAUAGCGAACUGUCGGAAUAUCUGGAUGAUAAGUUUUGGCCUGAGGACCACGAGGUGAAAGACAAGUUGUCGGACAGCAGCAAUGACUCUGCACACACCAAAGUUUUGCCAGACUGUGCUGAGCCCACAGAAUUGAAUUCUGUCGCUGCAUUAAAUGAAGUCGCCCAGAAGUUAAGAUGGGAGGUACCAGAAUACCAGUACGAGUGUCUGUCAUCAGAGGACCCACCGAAGUUUGUUUGUACGGUUUUGGUGAAUGAUGAAGGGUAUCAGUCCACAAGCUGCUCCAAUAAAAAAGAGGCCAAAGCAGACGCUGCCAAAGCAUUUUUUGUACAUCAUCGUAGAUCAGAAAGUGAAACCUACAUGGAUGUAUUGAAACAUAUAACAAGCAACACAGAGACAGAGAAGCAGACGGAUCUAAUGUUAAAUCCUGUCAUCGCAUUAAAUGAAGUCAUCCAGAGGUUAAGAUGGGAGGUACCAGAAUACCAGUACGAGUGUCUGUCAUCAGAGGACCCACCGAAGUUUGUUUGUACGGUUUUGGUGAAUGAUGAAGGGUAUCAGUCCACAAGCUGCUCCAAUAAAAAAGAGGCCAAAGCAGACGCUGCCAAAGCAUUCUUUGUACAUCAUCGUAGAUCAGAAAGUGAAACCUACAUGGAUGUACUGAAACACAUUACAAGCAACACAGAGACAGAGAACCAGACGGAUCCAACUUUUAAAACAUGAGUUCCAGGGAAAAAGCAAAAAGGUCAGAGAGAAAGACUAUGGCAGGCGCAGCAGAAUUCUGGGUGUCGAAGGCUAAGACAACAUUUUGGCUUCAUUCUCACAUAAAAGUAUUCUUAUAAAAAUUAUCUCAGAAAAAUAUUGAAAAUUUAAAAUGUACAUAUGUGGUUAAAGUGAUCAAGAAUAAAAUUUGUAAUUGAUUCAUUGAUUUGUUCAUUUCAUUUGUAUUACCGUGAAAAUGUGAAAUAAAAAUAAUUUGUUAGCUCAA